AUGAACUCGGAGAAGCGUCUGUGGCAUCGUCAUCGAAGGUCGGCGGCCAUUUCGGGAUCGUUUGAUGCGACAAGUUUUGUGGCAUCCCCGCCAUUUAUUGAAGUUGCUAACCUGGGCAAUUCCACCGAAUUUCGGAGUCUACAAUUGCAUACUUCCUCCAAUGUCGAAGCGAAUUUCGAGUUGAACAACGACCUAAAUUACCGUGAACAAGAGUUAGUUCAGGCGGAAGAUUUUUGCAAUUGCCCCUCUAAAGAGAGCUAUUCCUUCCCCUCCAAGCUUCAAAUUCGGAACGAACGUUCAACUCCCGUUGCACCUGAUUCAUCAUUACCAAAGAAUGCAACCUCAAACACAGAACCGUCCCUCAAAUCCCGCUGGAAGCACGUACGCGAAGACACGAGUUAUACGCCUCGCUUUUUCUUGACCGAGGAGACAACUUUGGGAGAGGGCAAUGUUCCAGAUGCGAUUAUAGACCUCGAUUCUGUGUCACGGGUCAGUCAAUAUCGUAAAAACACUUCGGAAUCUUAUGUGAGAUUGUCAAAUACCCUGGGAACGGAGAAUGUUUUUUUUGACUCUUUUCGAACAUUCGAUAAAAGCACCUCAUUGAACAAUGGUCCCAGAAACUGUUUGACUAAUGCCGACAAAAGCCGUAAGGAGUUGCAGGCACAUAGUUAUGACCAUGAGGCAAAAUCUAAGGAUGCUUCGAAUGUCAUCCGUCAAACGUCAGAAUGUUGUGCCGAGGAGAAAGAAUCCAACUACGACUUGAGAAAGUCUUUUGGCAUUGGUCGGUCAACUUCUCAGAAAUGCCAGGCGAAAAGCAAUUUGGCGGGAGAUGCAUCUCUUUCAGGGAGGCAGCUAGAUUAUACCAACUCGGUUGACACGAUCAACAUCAUGCUGGACAAAACUAGAAGUCUACAGGCAGAAUGUAAAAGGGUUGACGCCAAUCUGAUUCCAAAGUCGCUAGAACCCGCAGGUGAAGACGAAGGAUCUGGCCAAAGUGACUUUGAACCUCUGUACAACAAGAUCCGCGAAUGA